AUGGACACAUCUUCAAAGACGUGGCUCCCGCAUCAGAGUCAGUUUGGGUUGGUUGGUCAAGCGGAGGUUUGCUGUGGUGGACCUGGAGUUUUAACCCCAAACCAAUCUCGCAGGGCAAGUUUUGCCUCUGCAAGACAGUCGAGCAUGGAGACCCCUCCGAACACGACUCCGCAGCCGUUCCGGCAGCCGAGUUUUCUCAAUCGGAGGUUGAAGGGUUCCAUCAAGAGGGCAAAAAGUCAGCCCAAACUAGACCGGACCAGCAGCUUCAGACAAAUGAUUCUGCCCCGGUUUCGUAGUGCUGACCAAGAGAGCAAGUGGAUGUUGAAAACGGUAACCACCAAUUCAGGGACAAAAUGUUUUGCCUGCCGUUCAGCUUCAGAAAGAGACAAAUGGAUUGAAAAUCUGCAACGAGCUGUCAAGCCCAACAAGGAUAACAGCAGACGGGUGGACAACGUGCUCAAGUUGUGGAUCAUCGAAGCUCGAGACCUUCCAGCUAAGAAACGCUACUAUUGUGAACUGUGUCUGGACGACAUGCUGUACGCGCGCACCACCAGCAAACCCCGGACCGACACCGUCUUCUGGGGCGAGCAUUUUGAGUUUAACAAUUUGCCUACCAUUCGUAGCCUUCGUUUGCACCUCUACAAGGAAACGGACAAAAAAAGACGCAAGGAAAAAAGCACAUACCUUGGCCUUGUCAGCAUCCCCAUAUCCAGCAUCACGGGCCGGCAGUUUGUCGAGCAGUGGUACCCGGUCAUACAGUCCAGUGUUCUGGCCAAAAGCGGCGGUGUCGGAAGUGCCAAAGUGAUCAACGCCUCGCUACGCGUCAAGUCUCGCUACCAGACAAUGAACAUCCUCCCAAUGGAGCUGUACAAGGAGUUUGCCGAGUACAUUACCAACAACUACCGAACACUGUGUGCAGUCCUGGAGCCGCUGUUGAGCGUUAAAAGCAAAGAGGAGGUGGCGUUUGCUCUGGUGCACAUCCUUCAAAGCACGGGGAAGACGAAGGAGUUCCUGUCAGACAUGGCCAUGUGUGAGGUGGAUCGAUUCAUGGACCGUGAGCACUUGAUCUUUCGGGAGAACACGCUCGCUACAAAGGCUGUGGAGGAGUACCUCAAACUGAUAGGUCACAGAUACCUCAAGGAUGCUAUAGGUGACUUUAUUCGAGCCUUAUACGAGUCUGAGGAGAACUGCGAGGUGGAUCCCAUGCGUGUCCCGCCGUCAGUCCUCGCCGAUCAUCAGGCCAACCUCCGCAUGUGCUGCGAGCUCUUGCUCUGCAAGAUUAUCAACUCUCUCUGCAUAUUUCCCCGCGAGCUGAAGGAAGUUUUUGCCUCAUGGAGAGCCAGAUGUGCUGAGCGUGGAAGAGAGGAUCUGGCCGACAGCCUCAUCAGCUCCUCCCUGUUUCUGCGCUUCAUGUGCCCGGCCAUCAUGUCGCCCUCCCUGUUCAACCUGAUGCAGGAGUAUCCCGCUGAACGCACGUCCCGCACGCUCACGCUCAUCGCCAAGGUGAUGCAGAACCUGGCCAGCUUCAGCAAAUUUGGUCCCAAGGAGGAGUACAUGUACUUCAUGAAUGAGUUCCUGGAGAUGGAGUGGGGCUCCAUGCAGCAGUUCCUCUACGAGAUUUCCAACAUGGACGCCGGAGGAAACGCCGGAGGGUUCGAGGGCUACAUCGACCUCGGCAGAGAACUGUCCAUGCUCCACAGCUUGCUGUGGGAAGUCAUGGGCCAACUUAGCAAGGAUGCCAUUCUCAAGCUUGGACCCCUGCCCCGGCUGCUGAACGACAUCAGCGUUGCCCUGAGGAACCCACAGCUCCACAUGCCCACCAAUCACCAGCCAGAUCGACCAAAGGACAGACUCUUCUCCCGUCCAUCUUUCAACCGUCUCAUGUCCUCAGACUUCCAAAGCCUUAUGAUGCGUGACCUGAACAGCUCAAUAGACAUCUCUCGCCUGCCGUCCCCCACGACCGGAGUGUCGGCCGUGGAGUCCCUCUCAUCGAACCUGAACAUGAGGCGUCACGCCGAGCGAGACCUGCGCUCGUCGAGGGAGGUGUUCUACGUGACCCGCCCGCCCCUGGCUCGGUCCAGCCCGGCGUACUGCACGAGCAGCUCGGACAUCACAGAACCGGAUCCCAAGGUCCACAGUGUCAACAAAAGUGUGUCCAUGAUGGACCUCCAGGACUCUCGCAUGAACAGCAUCUCUAACCUGAACUCUGUGGGAGACAUGCUCACCUCCUCUCAAGCCUCCAUCGCUGGUCUUGGCCACAGCUUCGGGAACCUCGGUGGCCCUCUUCGUAUGGGAGGGCAUAUGCCGGCGGGUUCAGCGGGCUCUGGGCUGAGACUGAGCCAGAUGGGCCACGUAGGGGGGCCCACCGAAUCCAUCUCUCAGCAACAGCAGCAGGCCGCGGCGGCCAUGCACUUCCCCCUGUCUUUCCAGAACCCGCUAUUCCAUCUGGCUGCCCAGAACUCCCCAGCUCAGUCCCAGCAGCCUCCUCCGCCCCUCCUCCUCGCCCCCGAGCCUGAGAAUGGCCACCACGACUAUCAGCCCGCCUUUGGCAACAGCGCCUUCUCCCGCAGUGAGGACUUGUCUGCCCUGCGGUCACAGAGCAGUCUGGUGCAGCCCAGCAUUGUCCACUCACACAGCUACAGUGAUGAUUUCACCCGGCAGAAUCAGAGCAAUGACUACGCCUGGCACCAGCUGUCGCUGCAGGUGCAGGAGUCUCUCCAGCAGCAGCACAUGAUGGGAGUCGCAUCUCAGACGGGCACCGGUACCGGCACUCCCGCCUCUUUGGCCACGCCCCCGACGACGGUCCAUCCCGUCCGCCAGUCGUCCAUCGCCCCGCCACAACACCUCAAGUCCCAGCGGUCCAUCAACACCCCGGCCACCGCCACGCCUCCCAAGGUCCGUCCGCAGAGCAGGAACCUCCUCCUCGACUCCUCCGACACGAACUUACACGGCAGUCAGCCCAAAUCACGCCAAUCUCAGCAGCAGGCGCAGCAGCAGCACCAGCAGCACCAGCAGCAGCAGCAGCAGCAGCAGGCGCAGCAGCAGCAGGACACGCAGCUGACAGACAGUCCGGCUCCUGGGCUCCCCUACCAGACGAGCUCCACCAAAGAGAACCAGGGCCCGCCUGCAGCUGCAGAGGAGUCCACAGACACACCCACGAAAAGCACCAAGAAGCCUCAGUCACAGCUGCAGCCGCCACAGCAGCAUCUGCUCAAGCCAGUUGUCAAUAAACAGGGUUCUCAAUCGACCUUGAGCACUCCGACCAUGAACGAGCGGACGGUCGCCUGGGUGUCCAACAUGCCACAUCUCUCUGCUGACAUCGAGAGCCUGCGGCCGGACCGCGAGGGUCAACUCAAAGAGUACUCCAAGAGCAUGGACGAAUCACGACUAGAGAGGGUGAGAGAGUACGAAGAAGAAAUCCACUCCUUGAAGGAGCGGCUGAAGAUGUCUCACCGCAAGCUUGAGGAGUACGAGCAGAGACUUCUGACGCAGGAGCAGCAGACGAACAAGAUCCUGCAGCAGUACCAGUGCCGGCUGGAGGACAGUGAGCGCCGCCUCAAGCAGCAGCAGCUGGAGAAGGACUCCCAAAUCAAAGGCAUCAUCAACAGACUCAUGGCUGUGGAAGAUGAGCUGAGAGGGGGUGCCAUUCCUGAUAUUAAGCCUCGAAUCCUCACAGACCAGUCUAUCAGCCAGGUCUAUGGUGGCCACCCAGGAUCCUGA